AUGCCAGAUGUUUGGCUACCGCUUCUUGUGUCGAUGCUUCUCCUGCGAGCCCGGGGCUUCUGGCCAGGGAGCAGCCGAAAGCUCCUGGCUUCAGCUGUUGUGCUUUCUGCACUUGCAGGGCGUGCAGGGGUUCUGCAGCUCUGGCAGAGAGUUGGCCUUCGCAUAUCUUCGUUGUUGCGCGGUGCAUGUGUGAAGCAAGGGCAUCCAUGGUGGUUUGGUGAGUGGAGUGCUUUUUGUCCCUGUUGCAAGCGACCCAUGAAAAUCGAACUCAGCCUUCAGAGCGCAGAGCCAGACCCUCCUGCGGCAGUUCGAGGAAAGUAUGCUUUCUUGAUUUGUUUGUGGGGUGCAUCGCGAGAGUACCUUCUUGGAGCUUUGGUGCUCGGUUACUCGAUUAAGCGGACGGGUUCGAAGCACGACCGAGUAUGCUUGUAUACAAGCGAUGUGCCACAUGCACAUAUCCAGCUGCUUUCCAGGCUUUGGAUCUGCAGGCCCAUAUCUCAUAUUGAUGUUGCUAUGGAGCAACUCAGCUUUCCUGAUAAAGAAGAUCGCUUUGCCAAAGUGUUCACCAAACUGAACGGCUUGGCCCUGACAGAGUAUGAGAAGGUGCUGAUGAUGGACAUCGACCUCCUAGUGCGCAGAAACAUUGACGACCUGUUCGAAUUGACCCCACCUGCUGCACUGAGACGCGGCAUGAAUGAGGUCUUCUUAGGGCAUGGUCAGAUGGUGGAUGGCCGUAGGUUUUUUCUGGGCACGGACAAGUCCAUGCCUCGAUGGUCCUGGGGUCAAGGCACAGGGAUCAAUGCUGGCGUGAUGCUGUGGCGACCUGACCAGGCUGUUUUGGACCAGAUGCUGGACGAGCUGACGGAGCCAAACCACCCGGAGCAUGUCAAGGGAAAUGGCCCAGAACAGGACUACCUUAGCCGUUUCUGGGCGGAUGCGCCGUGGACUUACAUCGGUGUAGAGUACAACUUCCAGCUUCACCAGAUGUUUUUCGCACUACAUCCGGAACGUGCCAACUACGCCGAGAGGUCAGUUCUAUUGCAAACUCCAGAGGAGAUCCGAGUUGUCCAUUUUUCGGGAAAGCCGACAGCAAAGCCCUGGCACAGGGUACUGGACAAGGCAUGGCAAGACUUCUGGCCGGCAAGAUCACGCGACGCUGAGUAUGUAGAGCGAUUUGCGGAAGAGUUCAUGGGUUACUGGCUCUGGGUCAAGCGUGACAGAGAAAAGUUUGAGGCGCAGGCCGGUGGGAAUUCCUGGGAUAUGGCGGGCUUAGAGCUCAAUCAGGAUGGAGAGUUCUUCCGACACUUCAAGGACGGUCGAGAACCAGAGCCGAUGGAAAUCCCAGCCGCAGCUUCGCAAGGUGCCAUGAACUUGCUGUCUCAGGCACUGGGCGAGUGGUUUGAUGCCUUGCAGGACUUGCAGGCAGAGUUUAACCUGGAUCUACAGGCCUUGGCCUGCAACGAGCCAUUGCCCAGCACGCCAGUGGCAACAGCACGGCCAGUGGCACCGUUAGCGCCAGUGACACAGGUACCACGAGUGCCCCGACUACGGCAUGUCGCGUGGCGACGCCAUGGUGGUAGGGGCGGAUGGUUUGUUGAGUCUGACAAGGCAGAUGUGUUGCUUCCAACGGUGAAGUUGACGGUGCUGUGUAGCAUUUCAGAGGAGUCUGCAUCCGUUUGCCUGCGCGACUCCCGAACUGAGAUGUUUGAGGACGAAGGUUCCCAUGUGAAGGGACUCUACGUGAAACUGGCCGGAUUCACAGCCGCUCGGCAAUUCCAUUUGCCUGAGGAGCUUUCGGAAGAUGCCCUGUCUCCGCUACACUUUUGGGUUGACAGCGUGCCGAACGGGGCUAUCGUGAUGCUAGCAGUGGUUGGGAUGUGCAGCUAUUUGCCAACGAUUCUGGAGAUGCUGGCGCCUUUGGGUGUGCCCCAGGUUGCCCCACCUCAGAACAGUCGUGUGCUGGCCUGCAUCUCCACGUGUGGGCGCCCUCUGAGCACUACGCAGCUCGAUGUACAGGACGUCCCAUGUGCACAUCACGCUUCCCCAGACGUGGCAUACGCUUCAUUACUCAUGGAAGACACUUUUCUAUAG